AGAUGGUGUGGAGGUUCCAAGCAACGAUGGAGUAUUCCCUGAUAUCAUUCUAGGUAGGUGUAUACAACUACAGUGACUUCUGACAUAUCACAUUGUUGCUCUCCUACUACUAUCUUAUGAUGCUCUCCACGACUCGUGUCUUUCCAAGCAUAUCCCGCCUGGCACCCGUCCAGCGAUGUAUCCUCCAACACCUUAGCACGCGAAACAUCUCAAUCCACCGUCUCUCCGGCUCCAUCGGCGCCGAAAUCCACGAUGUAGACCUAGCCCAAGAUCUCCCAGAGAACCCAGGCCUUGUCCGUGAACUGCGCGAAUCCCUCCUCGAGCACAAAGUAAUCUUCUUCCGCAACCAGAAUCUCGAACCCGACUCAUUUCUGAACUUUGCAUCGCACUUCGGCAAGCCAAUCGAGUACCCUUUCGUCCGGGGGCUCGACAACUUCCCAGCCAUUAUUCAAGUUUUCAAACAGGAGCACGAAACCGUCAACUUCGGCGGCGUCUGGCACAGCGACACCUCGUACUUCGACCAACCCCCAAUGGGCUCGAUAUUACUCGCCAAAGAUAUCCCGCCCUACGGCGGAGACACACUGUUCGCAAACCAGUACGCCGCGUACGAGGCUCUUUCUGACGGAUUGAAGCAUACGCUAUCCACCCUCAAUGGCGUGAAUACCUCUGCAAAGGCCGACGUGAGUAAGACACGCGAGGACCGUGUUCGUGAUAGCGGAAAUGCCAACGCCAAUACGAACUAUGAGGCAAUCCACCCGGUUGUCCGGACGCAUCCUGAGACGGGUCGAAAGGCGCUGUACGUCAACACGGCGCACACGGCGCGCUUCGAGGGCUGGACGGAAGAUGAGUCUGCGCCGUUGCUGCAGUACUUGUUCACGCACCAGGUCAAGCCUGAGUUCACCUGCCGGUUUCGCUGGGAUGUGGGGAGUAUUGCGUUCUGGGACAAUCGGUGUGCACAGCAUUAUCCGGUGAAUGACUACCAUGGAUUCAGGCGGAGGAUGUUGAGAAUUACGUUGGCUGGCGAUAAGCCUGUAUAGGAAUUUGGUCAGGGACAACCUGGUAGGAUUGUAUUGCUUGCGAUAAACUCUCGCUGCAUUAUGCUGUGGAUAUCAGGAGAGCAUAUCUCAUAUCUCAUAUCUCAUAUCUCAUAUCUCA